CAGCCACAUUACUUGGGGUAAAUGCAUUUCAAAACUUGUUGAUCUGUUGAAAUAUAUUUAUGAUGACUUUCAUAGCUCAGCAUUGAUUAACAUAUUUUCAUAUGGAGAAUUACCUUCACACCUACUAAACCAGCAGAAAUCAGACAUGAAUAGCAGAAACAACAUUGAAGCACUUGAAAUGAGAUAUAUUGAUAUCUUCUCAGCACAUGAUAAAAUCCUGUUAUAAGAUAGUCAAAAACAAUAGUACUUCAACCAGUACUGUUAUGUUAUCAUAAAUUAUGAACAAUUAUUUGAUUAGGAGGAGACAGAUCCACUUAGAGUCAGAGAUUAAAAUAAUCUAUACUGAAAUAUGAAAACUCAAAUGCAAUGUGAUUUGAAGAGCUGUGAUCUCCUUGGUCAACUUUGAUCAUUAUUAUGAUUUUUCCUAUCAAAUCCAUAUUAAAAUAUACAUACACAUUUCUGAACCUGGUACUUGGUAUACUUGACCCAUGUUACUAUGUAUAAGAAUAAAAAAUAAAGCUACCUUUUAAAAAUGGGAAAUAUUUAAAUACCACUAACAGUAUACCAAACCAACUAUCAUUAAUGUUAUACUAACAGGAUAUUGUCUAAUAUUUUUAGUCAAGAUCAACAAAAUGAUGCAGAUCAGUCAGAGUCAGAGUAUGGAAUGAAUGUUGCAUGCUCAAAUGAGAUCUCAUUGGAUCGUUCAGUGCUCGACACUAGACUUCCUGAAUGCAAACAUUGGGACUAUCCUCAGUAUCUUCCUUCCACUAGUGUUAUCAUUGUUUUUCAUAAUGAGGGCUGGUCAGUACUGUUAAGGACUGUACAUUCUGUUUUAAACAGGUCUCCAAAGCACAUGUUGAAAGAGGUCCUUUUAGUGGAUGACUUCAGUGACAAACCAGAUUUAAAGGAAAAGCUAGAAAAUUACAUAGAGCAGUUCAAUGGACGUGUAAGACUGAUUAGAAAUACCCAAAGAGAAGGUUUGAUUAGGACUAGGUCUCGCGGAGCACAGGAGGCUAAGGGAGAAGUCAUAGUUUUCUUAGAUGCACACUGUGAGGUGAAUAAAAACUGGCUUCCUCCUCUAUUGGCUCCAAUCUAUGUGAACCGCUCAACAAUGACAGUUCCUGUUAUAGAUGGUAUCGACCACAAGACAUUUGAAUAUCGUCCUGUUUACACAGAGGACAAACAUUUCAGGGGAAUAUUUGAGUGGGGAAUGCUUUACAAAGAGACUGAGGUGCCUGACAGGGAAUUGAGGAAAAGGAAGCACUUCAGUGAACCAUAUAAGAGUCCUACACAUGCUGGAGGGCUUUUUGCGAUAGAUCGAAAGUACUUUCUAGAGUUGGGGGCAUAUGAUCCAGGUCUUCUUGUGUGGGGAGGUGAGAACUUUGAGUUAAGCUUCAAAAUUUGGCUGUGUGGCGGCAGCAUAGAAUGGGUACCAUGUUCUAGAGUGGGUCAUGUCUACCGCAGCUUUAUGCCAUACAAUUUUGGAAGUUUAGCAAGAAAAAAGAAAGGAUCACUUAUCAUUAUUAACUACAAGCGGGUCAUCGAGACCUGGUUUGAUGCCAAAUAUAAGGAGUUUUUUUAUACAAGGGAACCUCUAGCCAGGCAUUAUGAUAUGGGUGAUAUUGCGGAGCAGCUAGCCCUAAAAGAUAGGCUAAAAUGCAAAAGUUUUCAAUGGUUUAUGGACAACAUUGCAUAUGAUGUCCUUGACAAGUAUCCGGAACUACCUCCAAACUUGUAUUCUGGGGAGCUAUGGUCUGUUGCGGUUGACAAAUGCCUCGACACUCUGGGAAGUUCCCCUCCUUCAUUGAUGGCCAUCCAACACUGCCAUGGUUUUGGAAACAAUCAGCUCAUAAGACUGAAUACCAAGGGACAGCUAGGCGUUGGUGAACGAUGUAUUGAAGCUGAUUCCCAAGGUAUCAAACUUCUUCCUUGCCGACUGGGCACCGUUGACGGUCCCUGGAUCUACGACAACAACUCCCACACGCUGAUGCACAAGGUGUACAAAAAGUGCAUGGCAUUGCACCCUCAGACUUCCCACCUAUCACUGAUGCCCUGUGAUAUCAACAACGCAUAUCAGAACUGGUUGUUCCGCGAAAUCAAGCCGAAGGCCUAGGUAUUCGUUUUUAGUAUGGCCAGGGCCAGUGGCCUCUUUCAUUUUCUGCAGGUCAGGGAAUCUAAUUAGGUUAGAACUUUGCCAUGGAAUCUGAUUGAAGUAUUGACAUUAUAUUUUGAGUUCUUUUAAAAUGUAACUUUGCAAACGUAAGUGGUGUCUGUCUCACUAUAAAAUAUAGACCUCUUGAUUCAUUUAUAAAAUAAAAAAUAAAUCGUUGCGCACAUGUCUAUGGUCCAGGGGGAAGUGCGGAUGUACACAAAGAGUGAAAAUGGCCGAGUUUAGGGGACAUAAUAAAUGUUUGCAAGGUAACACGUUCGAAGCGCGAUGGAGUGGCGUAGCAUAUGAUCGCUAUUCGAGGUCGGAGUCGGAUUCUACAGUACUACGAACAUUUCAUUUUAGAAUAUUGUUCAGUGGCAGAUUUAAGAAAGAGGGUCCGGUCGGCACUUUAUAUAUAAAUCAAGUGAUACAUUGUUAGGUUCAUUUGUUUUAUUUGAUUCAGUAAAACAAUCAUGUAACGUUGAAUCCUCAUCUUGUUUUUGGUUCAGAGAGAGUAAUGGUACUUCUCCAUGAGACCUUGCUGUCAGUAAUGAUGAUUACACGAGUUAGUAGUGAAAAACUAAAUAGUUUAUAUGUGAGAUCCGGUAGCUCUCAUUUGAAUGGGAUUCUCAGCAUUUCAGUAAAAAAAAUAAUAUCGUCAACUUUAAAAGCCCAAAUUGAAGACACUGAGAUUCCUCAUAAAUUAAUUAGACAUGUUGAAGUUGUCUUGACCUUCUGCAAAAAAUAGAUAUUGUUUUGACACCGACCUAUAUUUGUUGGUUGUUAUAUGUACAAAUAAAAAUCUGUAUAAAAGUUAUUUAUGUAUAUUGUAUGGUGGUCGUUGAGAGGAUAUGCAUAAUAUGCGCAUGAGAUAUUUGCGUAUUAUAGUUUGACGAAACCAUGAUUAAGGUAUACGCAUUCAACUCCAAUAAUAGCAAGGUUCUGUUCUCGAUCAACCAAGUCAUAAAACAAUGAUCCGUAUACAAUGUGCAAUACUUUGGCUUCCAAAUUAAUAAUACAUAAUUAGAUAAUUUCAGAAGAAUACUAGGAUGAAUUAUAAUAAUAAUCCUUAUACCUUGCUUAUUUGGUGAUGUAUUGUUGGUCAUACCUCUGGUUUGUAUAGUAAUGGAUACUGAGAAAAGAUUAGUCGACACAUUCCAUAUCAUUCUAUUUAUUGAAUACGUUUUUGUUAUGAGCUAUAUUUAGGUUAAGUAAAAGCAGAGGUGAAAAACAGAGAUUGUAGACAAAAUGCUUUUAGUGCGAAAUCUAUUUUUUAUACGUUUUCAACGAAUUUCUAACAACUACAAAGUACCAGACACAAAAUAUAUGGAAUUUGGCCACCGGUCAAUUUGAAUAAAAAUUCGUACAGUAAUAAUUCAUUUGGUGCUGAUCAAAUGCUCCAAUGGGCGCAAAGCAUCUAUUGGAGAUUCAGGGUGUUAAAGUUUAGCCCCUGUAGGUAAGCCUGCCUGCACUAUUUUACGAAAACUAACCGCCCCCUUAGUCGGGUUGGGCUGCUAGUGCGCACACCGAGUCAAUUAAACAGUUUGGUCGGUGAAGAGUGCCCAGACCAGCCAACAGUCGGCAGACGCCGACUACCAUAUUCCGAACGAUAAUAGUUUGUAUCUGAGUAUUAAAAUAGGACCAUAUAAAGUCACUAAGUUCCGUUAGUACAUUGGAAGCGAUUUAGUUUUCGUAAAAUAGUGCAGGCAGGCGAACCUACAGGGGCUAAGGCACCAAACUUUAACACCUUAUAUCUCCAAUAAAAAGCAUUGGAACUUGAUUAGCACAACAUGAACUGUCACUAUAUGAAUUUUCUGCAAAAUUGGCCAGUGGUUAAAUUUAAUACAUUUUGUGCCUGGUGGUGCUGUCUUAAUUUAUACCUGUUUUUGUUUAUAGCCUUGCUUAGAAAUUUAUUAUAUACAUAUCAGUGGCGGUUACUUUAGAGUAAUUGAAAAACUAAUCUUGCUAAUCGAAGUAUGGUUCAAUAGGUAAUGCUGAAAGGUUUUUGCUUUGUUUUAUUUUUUUAUAGGAAUUGAAGACACAAGCCGAUAAAGGUGUCAUGUAACAUUUUUUUUAAUUGUUUUUUUGCAUUAAACUAAUCUUAAGAAGUGAUUCUUUCAUUCUGUGAUUACUUUGUUGCAAAAACAAGAUCUUAAAAGAUCUUAUUCUGCUGGUAUUCUUAUUAAAAAUGACUUAGAGAAACGUUGAUAGUAGAGACCUACCUUAUUGCCCCAACAAUAUUAUGAGCAUAAUUUCCAGACUCAACGUUUGGACUUCAUAUGAUAAACUAGAAAAAAUCUUUAAAACGCAGUAUUUUCUGUUUUCUUACAUAUUUAUAAACAAUACGUUUGACAGAUGGGUCUGACAUUGACCUGACCAGUUAGGUGUCGCGCGUGUUGUCAAAUCGUAUGUUGCUUGCGGAGGCUGGCGACGUCGUUGUGGCGUCUCAAUAAGGGAGGACUGUAAAGGAUGCUAUAAAAGUAGGAGGAACGUUUUCUACGAUCUUCCUUUGCAUUAUCUGGCACUUGAUUUUUUGUUAGCCAUUAGGUUAUGAGUAAACUGAUUCAAAUUUAGGAAACAUAUUUAUGGUGUAUGGUGUUACUUCACAUAACGGCUGAAAAAUGCUUGUAUAUCUUCCUGAGAAUUAUACUCUAUUACAAUAUCCUUAUGUCCUAUGUACUUAUAGUUUUCAUGACUACAGUGUGGCUUUUCGAGGGCCUAUUAUGAAUGAAAUAUUAAAGAAAAUGUGCAAAAUAUAGAAGAAAAAUGUAGCAGGGUAUUCGAAAUCAAUCAUAAAAUUUCGUUUGUAGGUUCUCUUUCUAUUUAGAUUUUGUAAUUGUAAAUUACAGUUGUUUCCAUAUUUUUAUAUAAUAACCUACCACUAUUUAUUAAAAAUAAAUAUAGG